UUAUAACAGUAUACUGUAUGCUGUAAUUGUGGUCUUUCUCUUUUAUGAUAACGUUCUAAUAACAUAAAAUAUUUGAAAGCGUUGUUUUUAGUUAAAGAUGCUGUCCUCUUUGGUUAUAGAACACCAUUCCAAGCAAAUGGUGAGAAAAGAAAUACAAGAGGAGAAAAGGAAAGAAGCACUUGCAGCAGCAAAUGAUCUAACGCAAGCUCUUGUCGACCAUUUGAACGUUGGCGUCGCUCAGGCGUAUCUGAACCAAAAGCGGUUGGACUCGGAGGCCAAACACCUGCACCAGAAUGCGGCCAAGUUUGCUGCGAAUACUCAACAAUGGUUGAGCCUUGUAGAAGGCUUCAGCAGUGCCCUUAAAGAGCUUGGCGACGUCGAAAACUGGGCACAGACAAUUGAAAACGAUAUGAAAACUAUAACGUGCGCAUUGGAAUAUGCUUAUAAAGCCAACCAGGAAUUACCGUCCUGACCCGCCUUUGAUAAGGAAAACGAAUGAAGUUAAUUUGAAACUUUUAUAUUAUGGUAUUAAAUCAAUAAUUAUAAUUGAAUAGUUUUGGGGAUUACAGAUCAUAAUAACAAAUCAAAUAAUAAGCACAAAAGGUUAAAAUAGUCAACUUCAGUAUGUAAUACUACAAAUUUCAUUGUGAAAUAAUAUGACUGCACCUUUUUAAAAGAAUUGUAAUGUCUUGUAUUCAGUUAAUAAAAUAAUUAUCUAUAUUUCAAUUAAA